UAAACAUUAUCAAACAAACAAAGCAACUGAUAUAAAAUCAAGUAUCGUGGGCUUUGCCAUUGCCACUUGCUAGUGUGUUCUGCCACGUUAUUCUUAUCUAUCUAACUGAUGGACAUUGUACGAGUGCGAACAUGUACCAUGAUCAUUGCACUAGAAGAGUUAAAAAGACUGCUCACUCCACUCGAACGACGACCUUUGAGAGUCGGGGGAGAACCGGGUUGCGAUUACAUACAUAGAUUAUUGAAUAUUCAUCCUGAUUUAUGUAGGGAGCAAUUAAGAUUGGAUAGAGACAUAUUUAUUAAACUAGUCCAAUACGUAGAGUAUAAAGGCUGGCUAUCGGAUGGUAGAUACAUAUCAGUCGCUGAGCAAAUUGGAAUUGCCUUAUAUAUAUUGGCUAAAGGGGCUUCAUACCGCACAACAGCUGAUAAGUUUCAGCAUGGUCUAGCGACAAUUAGCAAAUACUUUAGAAAAGUAUUACAAGCGCUGAUUAUGUUAUCCACGGAGAUUAUUAAACCUUUCCAAGACUUGAAUGAUGUUCCAGAUAAAAUAGCAAACGACUCAAAAUAUUGGCCAUUUUUUGAGCAUUGUGUUGGAGCCUUGGACGGGACCCUUAUUGAAGCAACUAUAUCAGAUGAAAAUGGUUUACCUUUCAGAGGACGCAAAGGGAAUAAAACAUGGAAUGUUUUGGCUUCAUGUUCGUUUGAUAGACUUUUCACAUUUGUCAAUGUGGGGUUCGAAGGUAGUGGCCAAGGCAUAACAGUAUGGAGUCAUAGUUUGUUUGAACCAAAAUUUAUGUUUCCACAUCCACCUCCAGGAAAAUACUAUUUGGUCGAUUCCGGAUAUCCUAACACUCUAGGAUACCUCAGUCCAAUAAAACAUGAUGAUAUUAGAUAUCAUAUGCCUCAGUUUCGUGUUGGUCCACCUCCUACAGGGAUGCCUGAACAUUUUAAUUACAGACACUCAUCCUUGCGUACGACAAUUGAGAGAUGCUUUGGAGUGCUAAAAAAUCAAUGGAAGAUAUUGAAAAAUAUGCCUAGUAUGGAGAUCAAAUAUCAGUUGGCUAUUAUGGUGUCAACAUUUACGCUUCAUAAUUUUAUUCGCCUACAUCAAUUAGGUAUCCAAAUAUCAAGUGGGGUUAACAUUGAACCAAGAAGUGAUACCAACAUGUUUAACAAAGAGCGCAAGAAUGAAAUGGAUAGAAUCCAACUAAAUAUAGCCAACGAUAUUUGGGCAUCAAUCCAAAGAGAAGCAGAAACAUCGUAGUUUUUGAUGUUUAAUUUGUAGCAUGUAAUGUAUGUAUAUUAUUAUUAGAU